AUCCCAGCAGAAUGUCCCUUGAUAAAGACAGAGGUCCAGUGAGGAGCAGCAGGGCAUCUUCGCUUCCUAAGUGUUCGCUGCCAGAAUUAUUUGAAUGUGUUGAGAAUUUGACCAAGGAAAGCAAGAAAUCCAACCUCCGAAAGACUCAGGGUCUUUCAGUGAAGGAGGCCCAGAAAAUGCUCACCCAAAGCCUGAACGCCAUGGCGGCGCUCGGCGGAGCCGAGGGCAAACAGGAAGAGGCUGUGGCUGCCUCCGCGGGCAUGGCGGCCAAGGUGGCCAAGAGAGGGGACGAGAGGCCCAUGUCCAUGACCGAGCUCCUGCAUCGCAGCCUGGUGUCCGACUCGCUGUCCCCGGUGGAGAGGCUCUUCCGGUCCCGCCAGAGACUGUCCCACGACGGGAUCCCCGCUCCCAUGCACAAUUUCCCCUAUGACAUUCUCGCCAGUCACUCGAAAGCCUGGACACUGAUCACCGCCGAGGACCAGGUGCCCAAGGCCACGAUGCCGCAGAGAACGACGCUGCCCAGCGCCCCGCCCGAGAAGAUCUACGAAGACAGGCUUCCUCGCCUCUUCUUGGUCUACCCAGAAAAGCAGUUCGUAGACCUAAAGGACCUGGAGUUGAAGUACUUUAAGGGGCUGGUGAAGUGGAGCCGCACCACGGCAGUUUCCUUCCCGGAGAUCCGCUAUGACACUGAGAAGAGAUUUGUGCAGAGCCGGGAAAUGCCUGCCAUCUUCCCUCCUCUGAUCCGUAAGACUCUGUUCGUGUAUCCUCAAAUUGACUAUCAAACAGAAUCCAAGUAUCCUCUGAAAUGGGACAUAUAGUUCCUAAAAAUAGUCUGGAUGUGUGUGUUUGCCAUCGAGACCACUGAAUUUAUGCAUAACAACAAAGAAGAGGGGGCACCCACUAGAACAACUGACCUACGGCAAGACUCAUGGAAGGUCCCGAAGUAAACCAUGGGUACGGAGUAAUAGAACCAAACCGGCCUGCCAGUAUGAGACCUGUUCGGAACUGGACAACCUGUCUGGACCAAGGCUGAGGCCAGUAUGGAUCAUGUGAAAAUAAAGGCUGCCCAGCAAGGAGAGACUCUGAGCAGCAGUAGCUCUUCAGAAAAGUGGAAGCACACGUCCGUCGUCACAAGUACAGUUGGUAAAUUCAACAAAUGCAGGACCUGGUAGCUCGGGGCGCAGAGGUCACUCUGAGGAGUUGAAUGUUAACUGCACGGAGGCCUGGGAAAGGGAGUAGCCGUUAUGAAACAAAACAAGUUUGGAGAAGAAACACUUUAGGAAUCUUGGAAGUGGAAAAUGUUGUCAAUGAAACUAAGAACCUUCCAAAAUUAUCCUGAUUGCGCUCUACGCCUGUGAGGAGAAUGGACUAACGAGCUGGGGAGUCAGGCCGAGAAGCCUCGAGAUGGCAGCACAGCGCAGUCGGGCCGGAAGCUGAGUUCAGAGUGGCAGGUAGAGGAAUGAGACGUUCAGAAACACGUCAGGUAGAAGUUACGGGAGAAGGCGGGGAGGUGAGGUUCAAAAAGCAAACAACUGAUACUUUUCCAGGAAUAAAGAAACGUAUGGGACUUUGAACUGAAAAAAAUUCCACGGGAUGAUUAGCAAAAAAAAUAAAAUAAAAAUAAAUCCUAAUCCUAGAAACACCAUAGCAAAAAUGCAGAGAACUAAGCAGUACAGGGACACAUAAUCUACCACGGCCAGACAGACAGAAUCCGCACCAAGAUGUGAGACGUCAACGGGAGAACCCCAUGAGCAAUAGCAGUCAGAAGGUGAUGGUGUCACACACUCAAACCCCUAAGGGCAAACAACCACCGGUGUGGAAUUCUACCCAACCAAGCUCUCCUUAUGCAGCAGAGGUGAAAUAAAUAUGCUCAGAAACAUGUCAGAGCCCAGAAUUAUUUACUGUCCACAGCUCUUAAUGGAACAGAAAUAACCAAGCAGAAAACUACCAAGAAAAUAUAUACUUCAGCAGGAACCCAGAGGGAAUGCAAGAAAUAAUUGUGACGAUUGUGUUGCUGGUAACAGAUAUGUGAAUCAUUAUAUAGCUAAUUAAAGUACAUUUCUGGAUUCUGCUUCCUAAGAUUUUACUUAGAAUAUUUGCCACUGUAUGCAGCCAUUUGGGGAGUGCACUAGCAGAUGGAAGACUUCUCUCUCUCUCUCUCUCUCAUCUCUACCUCUGGUAGACUUCAAAAGGUCUGUAGGGGGAAAUACUGGAGUAAAAAGUAAAAGUACAAGUGGGCGUUGUGAGGCUGGGAGUUAGGUAGCUGUAUGAGAUGCUUGCACCCCGUAUCAGUGUACCUAGGAUAGACUCCCCUCUACUGCCCAUCCAGCUCUCUGGGAAUGUGCCUGGGAGGCAGCAGAUGAUGGCCCAAGCACUUGAGUUCCUCUGACCCACAUGGGAGACCCUGUAGAAGUUCCUAGCUCCUGGCUUCAGCCUGCCCAGCACCAGCUGUUGCAGGCAUUUGGGAAGUGAGCCAACAGAUGCCCUCCCUCUCCCUCUCCCUCUCCCUCUCCUUCUCCCUCUCCUUCUCCCUCUCCCUCUCCCUCUCCUUCUCCCUCUCCCUCCUUCCCUCCUUCCUGUGUCACUCCUGCCUUUCAAAUGAAGACAAAAAUAAACUUUAUUUUUUUGAAAUCCACAAACAGUUCUUUUGUAAUAUGCAUUUUCCAUGCACUCCUUAAAAA